AUGCCUUCAACAUCAGCAAGAAAACCGAAUAGACUUGCAGUAAAUAAUCAAGGAUUUUGUAGUGUAUUCGGUAUAAAAGCAGCUAUAAUUAUUGUUGGUUUUAUUCUUUUGGUAUCUGUUUUAUCAUUAUUUUAUUUAUCAACUUGGACAAUUAUAACAAAACACAAGUAUGCAUUACUUGCUUCAGCAUAUCUAUAUGCAAUGUCAACUUAUUUAUUAUUGAUAUCUGCAUUAAUAACAUGUAUAGCAAUAAUUGCUCUUUUUUUUACUGCAUGGAUUGAACAUGAAAAAGGAUUAAAAUUAACACUUUUAAUAUUAAUAUUAACAUUUAUUUUUGAAAUAACUGCUGGUCUUUUCGCUUUUGGUUAUACAGUUAAUCUUGAUGAACGUUUAUCAAAAAAUUUACUUGAAACUAUUCAACAUAAAUAUCAUUAUGUUAAAGGAAAAACAAGAACAUUUGAUCAAAUGCAAAGACGUUUUCGAUGUUGUGGUUCAAAAUCAUUUAAAGAUUGGCAAUUAAAUUCAAAUUUUAAUCUAUCAAUGUCUUCAGCCGUACCUGAUAGUUGUUGUAAAUCAUAUGAACCAACAUGUGCACAAAAACCAUAUGGAAAACAUCCAUCAAAUAUAUUUUAUGAGGGUUGUUCAUUGGCACUCUAUCGUUUUUAUCAUCCACAUUUAAUCACAGUCGGUUGUGUGACACUCGGUGUUGCUUUCCUACAGAUAUUCACAAUUAUUUUACUUGUUUGGUUAAUAAAGCAUAUCGAAAAAAUAACAGCAUUUAAUCGUCCAGCUGUACCUCCGGCGAAAAUUCGUCGUUUAUCGAAUGAAAUCACUUAUUAUCCUAUACAAUCAUCGCAAUCUGUCAAAUAG